UACCUACUUUGAACUUCAGACCGGUGACCGGCCUCCUUCUUCGUUUGAUGAAGCUUCGACAGACCGCUAAACGCCAUCUAUCAAAUAGUGCUAGCAUUUAAUAAAACCUUCAUUCAUCUUCCAAUUGUGAAUUUAAAGUCUCAGCUCUAUUGUCCUUCCCAUACUCCCGGACUUUAACGCCUCAGCGUUCUACUAGAGCCUUGCAGAGCUUAGCAGCUACCCGCUUUGGUACUACAUCCAAUAACCGCGAUGAGGUUCCUCCACAGCCUAUCGUUUAUCUACUUAGCUGCCUGCUCCCACGCGGCCGAGCCUGUUCCGGACCAGCAAUAUGUGUUCAGCAAUCCUCCGGCUUCGGAAUCCAGCUACAAGAUUCCGACUUCUUAUGAGUCCGCGGUGCUCGGCCGCCGCAUCUUAGCUCUUACUCCACUUGGGACGCUCUCUACCGUCUUCCCGGACUCCUCCGGCCUCCGCCAGCCAGAUGGCCUCGGAGGCAUGCCUCUCGGGCUGAUGGAGUACGUAGCCGAUUGCGAGGAGGACGGCAACCCGACCUUCCUCGCCAUCAAGAUCGGGUCUAGUUUCAAGAAUGUGGAUGCAGGCUCGAAUAUCAGUCUUGCGCAGGAAUGGACACCUCCGUACCCGCCCGACAAGCGCAUCAAGUCAACCUGGUUCAACUGGUUCUUCGGAAGCGACGACGAUUCUAAGGACCGGGUGCCUUACAGCGCGGUCAACCUUCCUCGGUACAGCCUGCUGGGCUACAUCGAGAAGGUCGGCGAGGCGUCUACGAAAGCCCUGGCAUCGUGCUACGUAGAUACUCAUCCGGAUUCGAAGUACUGGCUUCCCGGAAACCCGAUCCAUGAGUCCGAAUUCGUGAGACUCGUUGUUACCAAGGUCUACUGGAUCGGCGGCUUUGGCGAUAGGGCUUACAUCGGCUGGAUCCCAGUUGAUGAGUGGAAGAACGUCACCAGGAAGGAAUGGGAGAACGUAAGGCUGCCCGGUGAAAAGAAGGGUUGGAAUGAAUGGAGCUUGGAUCUCUAAGCAGAUAGCAGUUCAGCACUGCUGCUUUUGACGACUUAUUAAGUUGUUGCACUCGUACUUUGAAGGAUUGUUAGGGAAUACUAUAUGUUGGAUGGUUGACGAUACCUACGUAUCACAUAUUUGUAAAUUCAUCUUCAUUCUGUAGCCUGUGAUGGCGGCUGACUGCACAAAUUUAUUCAAAAUGGCUAUACAAGAUCAUUAAGAGUUAUAUGAGCUAUCGGUAACAUGAAGAAAUUCGCUUCGUGCCA